UAGUCUUUCUCAAAGAUUCGAUCAUUUUCCUUACCUUUUUCCUUCCCCAAGAGUAAACUCUCUCUCAAGCUCUCGCCAAAACCAAGAGUAGAAAAAACCUGAAACACCAAAUCGGAAGAUCAAUUUAUAACGAAAGAGCAGAGAUUAAUCGUUGGGCGGCUGAGAAUUUGAUCUGAAGAGAACGCCAGACUGGUUUCCGCUCGAGCUUGGCUUCUUUUCGUGCUCGCUUGCUUCAUUGCAUGACCUCUGAAAGAUCUCACAGAUCUCCUGUUGACAAUAUCUCUGACAUGGGUGGCUUGGAUCCAGCCUCUACAGCAGCUUGCUCGGAUUCUACAAGGAAGAGGAGACGAAGAACAGGAACUGAAUCUGUUGUGGAGACUCUUAAAAAGUGGAAGCAGUACAACGAGUAUCUCGACACUUGCGCGGAUGGAGCCGCUGGCAAGAAGUCUGGGCGAAAAGCUCCCGCCAAGGGCUCGAAAAAGGGAUGUAUGAGAGGUAAAGGCGGGCCCGAUAAUUCGCACUGCAAGUACAGGGGUGUUAGACAGAGGACGUGGGGUAAAUGGGUAGCAGAGAUUAGAGAGCCCAAUAAAGGUCCUAGAUUGUGGCUUGGCACUUUCCCUACUGCUUAUGAAGCUGCUCUAGCCUACGAUGAUGCUGCCAGAGCCAUGUAUGGUCCUUACGCCAGGCUGAACCUUCCAGAUAUCUCUAGGGCCCCGACUACCAGUACAUCGAAUGGUUAUUCUGCGGCAACACCAUCUGGUGGGUACUCUACGAUUAGUACUACUACAUCAUCCAACCAUUCUGAGGUUUGUGAGAACGAAGAUGAUGCCAAGGUCUUGGUGGUUCCUGAUGUUGAGGGUGAGUCGAAGGCCACGGCUCAUGGGUUGGAUGAGGUUUCAUCUUCGGAUCCUUGUAAAGAAGAGCCUCUGUUGAUAGACAAGAAUGGGGAUUUUGAUGAGGACCAGACGAGCCUGAAACCGGAAGUGAAAGAGGAGCCCUUGGAUGUGAAAGACUAUGAGUGUCAUGACUUCACGAUGGAUGAGAUGUUUAGCAUUGACGACUUACUGGGUGCAUUGGAGAAUCAGCCACUCGAAGGGGCAGUAAACAACCAGAUGCAGGAGCAUGAUGCUAGAUUCAUUGGUGGUUCGCAGCACAAGGAGCCAGCACCAUUGAUCCUUCCUGCUGCUGAGGAUUUCUGCUUCGACUUUUUGGAGCCUGGGAGGCAGGAGGACAAUACUGUCACCGUUGAUGACCAGGGUUACUUGAGCCUGGGCUUGGCCGACUUGGGGUUUGAGGAUCUGUGAUGGACAAAAUGUUUUUAUCUUAGUUUUCUUUGUUCUACACGGUUUGCUUCCCUGUCCUUCCAAUGCGUUUUUUUCUUGAGGGAGUUGAUUCUCUACGAGCUUUUUAGGGACUACAGAAAUUGGCUGCUGAUUUUGCCUUGAUUUCUUCUUCUCUCUUUCUAACUUCUGCUGCUUCUGUAGAUCGUGCUUUUGCAGUGGUUAGAAAGAUUUGACUUAGACUUUGAAGAUGUUUAAUUGUUUACUGUAGAUUCUAUCUGAAAAGGUGUUAUCAGAGUAGCAAGUGAGGGUUGUACUUGUAUAUGACGUCGACUUGAGAGGAAUAUGGGUUCUCGAAUAAAUUGACAGUUACUGGUUGCUGCCUUACAGGCACGGUGUCGGAUGAUGGAUGGAGCAAUCGCAGCAGGAUCGCACCAACAGAUGGAGAAGAAGAUGCUAGCAAUGAGACAAUAGUGAUGCUGCUACUGCUAACACGGCUGAAAGCCUGAAACUCUCAUGAAUAGGCUCUCCAGGAAGUGAGAACAAUAGCAUUAGCAUAAACACUCUGCACAGACAGCGUUGGACAAUGGUUCUUAUAAUUUCUUCUUUGUCUGAAACUCGAAAAUACCUGGCUUGAAUUUAAGAAAUACAGCACAAAUAAUGACACAGAUCUCUGUUAGGGACUAUUCUAGCAAGAUUAGACACAAAUCAAGAUAACAGGAAAGUGAAUAAAAAC